UGUGUCUCAACACAGCUGGAGUAGAGGUGGAUACACUCUCAUCAGUUUGGAGCUGUUUCCCAAUCAGAAGUAUCCCACAGCCAAGAUGAAAAUAAAAGAGAGGGCCAUCGUUUCCCUGCUGUGUGCGGUUACUAUCUGUGUGUCUUGGAGUGGAUUUAUGUCACGCAACCUGCCCCAGGACCAAAGGCCCUGUGCUUGUGAGCGAUGUUUAUCCGAAGAUGAUCCGUGGUUUAUGAAGCGUUUCAACAAAUCUGUUGAACCAUUUUUGUCGGCAAACUACAACCUCUCAGAGGACGAUUUCAGCUGGUGGAAGGGUUUAUGGGGCGAAAAGACCAAGUUCGGAACCUUCAGAAAAUUAUUGGACAAGGUGUUUCUGAUGAUCCCACCCAGUCCACAUGUUCUAGAACCCAGCCCUGACCGCUGCAGGACUUGUGCUGUAGUCGGGAAUUCUGGGAAUUUGAGGAAAUCCCAUUAUGGACCUCUCAUAGAUUUCCACGACAUCAUUAUAAGAACAAAUGCUGCUCAUAUUAAAGGCUUUGAAGCAGAUGUUGGGGCCAGAACAACCCAUCGGGUCAUGUAUCCAGAGAGUUCUGUGGAUUUAGGUGACUCCACUCAUUUUUUGAUGGCUCCAUUCAAGUCGAUUGACUUUGAGUGGCUCUUGGAUGCCCUCAAUACAGGAUAUAAUGCAACGCCAGAAUGGAUAGUGAAUAGAAAGAUCACAGCUAACAAGGAUUUAGUGAAGAUCAUUAAUCCAGUUUUCAUGAGGUAUGUUCAUGACAUGUGGCUGGAAAAAGAGGGCUAUUACCCCUCCACGGGCUUUCUGGCUUUGGUUCUUGCCCUGCACAUGUGUGACGAGGUCAGUGUUUUUGGCUACGGAGCAGACAGCGAUGGAAACUGGAGUCAUUACUGGGAAGAACUCGUGGACAAAAUGGUAAAAACUGGAGGACAUCCUGGGAAUACCGAGUAUGAAAUUAUCCAGAAGCUACAUGAGCUACAGAAACUCAAGUUUUAUACAGGGUUCUGAGCUUUCUCUCAGCAUUUAAAGGAAGGUUAGUGUUAGGUGAGAGUAGAAGAACAUGAAG